AUUGCUGAUUUCCUGCACUUUCUCACACAAUAUGAGUGUAUAAAAUCAAAAUCACCGACGAGAGAGAGAAAGAGAGUGAGUCAAAUGGAGGACGAGCAUGUUCCAGAGAGUGUAAGGCGACGAAUCGAGGAAAUACUCAAGGAAAUUGAAGAAGAGGAGGAGGAGGAGGAUUAUGACUACCAGCCAGGUUCUGCAUCUGGUCAUUUCACCUAUGACCGCUCUUUGGCUGCCUCGCAUUCAUAUCUUGGUGAGGCUGAAGAAACUCACAAUAGGAUAGGUUUUUUGGAGGGUGGUGCUGUGCUGAUCCUUCCUCUGUUCUAUCUGGAAGGUGUUGUUCUGUUCCCAGAGGCCACCCUUCCUCUCAGAGCAGUUUUACCUAGUUAUAAAGCUUGUGAUAGGCUACUGUUACAGUAUGACCCAGCAGUUGAGCUUAAUUUCUUUCUAUUUGAAUGGCAGAUUAAGCAAUACUGGCGGCUUGAAGAUGGCACUGUAAAUGUUGUUACCCGUGGCCAGCAGCGUUUUUGUCUUAGGCACCGUUGGACUGAUGACGAUGGAGCACUUGUUGGAGAAGUUCAAAUCAUCCAAGAAGAUUUACCAUUGAGAACACCACAGGAGGCAGUUGGUAAACUUGCUCCAUUAAAGAACUUGCGAAUUGGUGGUACCUUCAAAGUGCCACCUUUAACUGGUUCUCAGACUAACCCUAAUAAUUAUGAGGAUGGAAAUGAUUCUGAUGCAAUGUCAGAGGCAAAUUUUGAGAGGCUUCUUACUGAAACAGAAAGAAGGUUGCACCAAUCUGCUCUUUGUUCUUGUUAUGGUUCUGAUGCUAUUGACGAGACAAGUAGUGACGAAGAGAAGUUUGGGCAAGAUUUGGAAUGCCAACCUGGAAGAUCUCAGUUAGACAAUGAUAUGAAGCUGAUGCAUACCGAACGUAGCAAAAGGAAUGAGGAUGCUAGUCCAGGUGUUGGGAAAACAGCCUUUCUGGAGGUACAACCUUGCAACAGAGUGGAACAGGAGAACUACCCUAUAAACCACUUUCGUGACGUUCCUAGAGCCUUCUGGCCCGGCUGGGUGUACCGCAUGUACGAUUCAUAUUCUCUUGCUCAAAAGGCAGCAGAUAGAUGGAAGAAUGUUGUAAGUGCACCAAGUAUGGACGGGUUCGUGAUGAAACCAAUUCUGCUUUCAUUUCAGAUUGCUGGUAAAAUUCCUGUAUCUGAUUCAACAAGGCAAGAACUUUUGGAGAUUGAUUCAAUUUCUUAUAGAUUGCGGAGGGAAAUUGAGUUACUUGAGAGUCUUGAUCGUAUUCGUUGUAAAAUAUGUCAGGCUCUGUUUGCAAAGCGAAGUGAUAUCUUAGUGAUCUCUACUGAGGGCCCACUUGGUGCUUAUGUUAAUGCAUUUGGGUUUGUAUAUGAGAUAAUGACACUCCGCAAAGCGCAGGGAAUUGCAAUCGUAGGAGUUCCAGUAAGAGACUACAGCUGGUUUCCUGGGUAUGUAUGGCAAGUUACUCAAUGUAUGUCAUGUGGAUACUCAACGGGCUGGUUCUUCACGGCCUUAAAGAAGGAAACACGACCCUUUACUUUUUGGGGUGUUACUACCUCACAAAUUCUGGUCGAAUCGCAUUGAAACUCUUGGAGAUACAACUGAAUAAUGUAAUUCCCGGCGCUUUCAAUAUGUAGAUGCUAUUUGAUAGCAUAUAUAUGUGAUUGUGUGACAGCUCUGGUGGGCAAGAAUAAAACGAUAUAACCUGGAAACAUGUGGCAAACUUGUGGCCAAGACUGCAUGAUGCACUCUUUUCUUAUUUCUAUGUUGGUAUAUCAGUUGAAAUUAUUAUAGGCAAAUUCCUGUGGUGCUAUGAGAUGUUGAAUUAUAGUUUA